UGUCGAAAAUUUCCACUCCACAUCUCCCGUUCAUCCCUUCACUCACUUCCCUCCUCCUUAUCCACGAAAUCAGGAGGCGCGGCGAGGGCGGCGCUCACAGCCGGCGGCGGGCGGCGGGCGGCCGCGUCGUCCCUCCUCCUUCCACGCACCGCAACCUCGGGCAGGUUGGCGCAUGUCGAGUGCGGCGGUGAAUGGAUUGGCUGGUGCCGGUGGUGGCAUCAUCGCCCAGAUCAUCACCUACCCCCUCCAGACUGUGAACACCCGGCAGCAGACAGAGAGGUCAGCAAAAAAGAAGAAGGCCAAUGGCGCAGCCAUCGCCAAUACUUCCACCCUCUUCCAGAUGCUCCAGCUGUUCCAAACAGAAGGAUGGGGAGGGUUGUAUAGCGGCCUUAAACCCUCUCUUAUUGGCACCGCUGCUUCACAGGGAAUCUAUUACUACUUUUACCAGAUUCUCAAAAACAAGGUGGAAGAUCUAGCAGUUGCUCGCGGUAAGAAGGGUCUAGGGGAUGGUACUGUUGGGAUGUUCUCCUGGCUUGGUAUUGCAGCUGUUGCUGGGUCAAUCAAUGUUCUUCUUACCAAUCCAAUAUGGGUUCUCGUGACUCGUAUGCAGACACAUACACAAGCAGAAAAGAAGAUCAUGGAGUCUAAAAAGGAGCUUUUGCUGAAGGAUGUUGCUAGGGCCAAUUCAAUAGAGGUCUCAAUUCUUAAGGACAGGUUGUAUAAACUUGAUUCUGAAAAGCCUCGUCCAUAUGGGACAAUUCAAGCGGUCCGGGAGGUCUACCGUGAAUCAGGCAUAAGAGGAUUCUGGAAAGGACUUAUUCCAACACUAAUUAUGGUAUGUAAUCCAUCAAUUCAAUUUAUGAUCUAUGAAACAUUGGCAAAGCGUCUCCGGUCAAAGAGAUCUGGAAAGGAACUCCCAAAAAAGAACCUUACUGCUAUGGAGGUAUUCUUAUUAGGUGCAAUAGCAAAGCUCGGAGCUACUGUUGUGACAUACCCAUUGCUAGUGGUUAAGUCUAGGUUGCAAGCAAAACAAGAAAUUGGCAGGAAUGUGAUGUCCAGAUACACAGGUACGAUUGACGCGAUCAUAAAGAUGAUCCGGUAUGAAGGAUUGCACGGGUUUUACAAAGGAAUGGGUACGAAGAUUGUACAGAGCGUCUUUGCCGCCUCAGUUCUUUUUAUGGUAAAAGAAGAGUUGGUAAAAUUCGUAGUUAUGUUAAUUGCUAGGAGUAGGACUGUGCUCGGUCCUAGCUCUAAGAAACGAUAGGCAGUUUAUAUAUAUCGAAACAAUUUGCAACGACCUCUUCGAGACUAUAUAUCGAUUAUUUACAAGAUAGGAAACCCAAAAUGUCUCCAAAUACUAAUGCUUCUCUUCUUGAUGGUGCGUUGUACUUUCCA